AUGACCGCGGCUCCCCACGACCCUCUGCGGUGCCUCAGCCCGGCGGCCUCACACCGGGGCACCUCCUCGCUCCUCAACCGGCCUCCCCCGCCCACAGGCCGCCACCCCGGUGCGUCCCGACCUGGGACCCCCCUGGGGCUGAGCGUAGGCCCCGAGCAGCGGCACCGGAGCCAGGCAGGUCCUUCCCCACCCAGCGACCCCGCUGAACCUGGCUGUGCCCCAGUCCCUGACGGCCGCCUGCCCCCCAGGGUGGGUAUGUCGCGAAAGGAGCACAAGGGGCCCGAGCUGGAGGUGGCAGCGGGUGACAGCCCCUUCGUAGGGCUGGGCAGAGACAAGCCCCAAAGCGAAGACCCUGACAGGACGGAGGUGCUGCCCACAGCCCCACAGUCCAGCACGGAAGCAGUGCUGGACGGCCAGGCCUCCCGGUACUUUGCGGCGCUAGAUGCCAGCAUCAGGGGCCUGCAGCAGCGCACACAGCAGCUGAUCGACAAGGUGAACGACAGCCGCAAGGAGGACCACGCUGUGAUGAGCAGCUUCAGGGAGACCCUGCUGCUGAAGGUCUCGGGCCUGGCAGAGCAGGUGGAGGAGCGGCUCUUCCACCUCUACGGCCUCCACAACGAGCAGAUCCAGGAGCGGCUGCAGGAGCUAGCAGAGGUGAUGGAACGGGUGCGGCAGGCUGAGGCUGAGCUCCGGCAGGUCUGCCGCACCGUGGAGGCAGCCUACCACGACCUCUGCCUGCAGCCUGAAACCUGA